CGCAAAGAGAGGAAGCUCGCCAGAUGUGAUUUGUUGGUGAAGCCUGGGAGAGCAGUUUAGUUAUAACACUAUGGAAGUGUGUUUCUUAAGUGCAGUAAUUUUCAUUGCAACUUUGGACCCUGGAUCUGCAGCCAACAAUUCCAUGAACGUUUCGUCCACUGACACUACGCCACAGAACGAGUGGUGCCCUACACACUGCACAUGCGCACUGCUGUAUCGUGUGGACUGUAUGUAUGUAAAUCUGGGUAUUCUACGUGGUUCCAUAUUUUCGAUCAAUUCCAACAAAAUUCGUGAUUUGUGGUUGGAUUAUAACAAUCUCACCAGAAUUGAAAUCAACGCAUUUAACAGAAUGGAACUCCUGAAACGUCUAAGUCUCUCGAACAACUAUCUGAGGGAACUGCACCCCCGUUUAUUUUCCAGUUUGUUCAGUUUGAAGUAUCUUGACCUGCGCAGUAACUGUCUUGUGUCUCCGCUACAUGACAACCUGUUUGCGUCACUGAGGCAACUACGUGUCUUGAAUCUUGACUAUAACAAACUCACCACAUUGGACCCCAAAAUACUGACUCCAGUUUCUAAUCACAUUGUCGAAAUCACACUGUCUAACAACCCUUUCAUUUGUGAUUGUCACAUCCGAGAGGCAGUCGAGUGGUUCAACAGAUAUAAAUUCACUUCAGAAGCCACCUGCGUAUAUCCAACUGCCGGAAAAUCAUGGAAGACUCUUUCUUUCAAUGGUCAUUGUGAGUUCCAUCCUCCAAUAAAUGUUGACUUAACUUGCAAAAUGGUAUCUAGUCAAGAGGAAAAGGACAGUGAAUCAUCAGAAUCAUUCUCUUCAGUACUUUUGAUAGUGGGUGGAAUUUGCGGAUUUCUUCUUAUAGUGUGCUCAGGAUUGUCCUUAUACUCCUGCAGAAGGGCCAACAGAAACACAACUUCGAGUUCUGACCGCAGAGUUAACGAAAACGAAGACUAUGACGAUAUUAGGUCAAAUAAUUACUAUUAUUAUGAGUAUGUUCCUGCAUGUGUGUCCAGAAACUUCUCCACUAUAAACACCGUAAACGAUGCGCCAGAACUACCGAAAAGAUCGAAAAUCAUUGAAACUGAACUCAAAGAAUCUCAUAAAUUUAAAAGAUACGUUGAUGUAUGCGAUGUUCGAAGUUGUGAGAGUGAAAGUGGUUCAUAUAUAAUACCAGAAUCUUCCGAAUCCACAGAACAAACUCCAUCCCACAAAGUAUCUGAUUCAGGAAGAUCUCCUAUCUUCUCCGAGGCCCUCACACACUCUGGUGAGACACUUAAUGCUACUGAGUAGAAAUAUUUGGUUUUAGGAAAGCCCCGUAAAGUCUCCAGACAUCAUGCAGGCGUACCUCAAGAACAAAAAGAAAAUAAUUCUCCUUUAAUAUCAGAAACGAUGAUUUCAGAAUCUUGGGUGUGAUACGACAGUUCUGAAAUUAGGAGACUUCGGAAUACUCACACGCAGAAAUCAAAAUAUCCUUAGAAUAGAGACAGCUUUUAUAAAUCCUGAAAGGAUAAACAGGCACACUUCAGCGUUUGUGCAGAACAUGACAGUGAUCGCUGUCACGUGGAAGAAAUCAACAAGAUGGCGCUUAUCGAUAUAUCGAUACAAUCCAUUUCUCUCUCUUGGCAUGAGUGAAGGAACGUCUUCAUUUCAAUUCUAAUAUUAAUUAAAAUGUAAAUUUUAUAUAAUUUCGAAUAUGUUGCCAUUUCUGUCUAUCACAGUGGCCGAGCGGUCUAAGGCAUGAAAUGUCUUCUCUCACUUGUACGCUGGGAUCGUGGGGUCG